UCUCAUCGUUCAGGAGAAGCAGAGAUCAAACCAACGAAAGAAGAAACAGCCAAACCAAAAAGGAAUUACAGUUCAAGAAAGCUAUUUAAGAGGGAUGGCACACACUAUUGAGAUUACCCCAAUAAAUUGUCGAACUCCACUGCUUCAUCAAACUACGGAACAUGAGAUAGAAGAAGGGAGGAAUGUGGAUCAAUUAAUAGAGACAAAUCAAAUUCUUGAUGAAAUAUAUUUAGAUUUGUACCAUUCAUCUACCAAAUCUUGUACCAUAUUCAAAGUAAGUGUGGGGCUAAGUGAAUCAAAUCCAAAUGCUUAUAAGCCAAUGUUGGUCUCUAUUGGUCCUUACCAUAAGAAGAAUUCACAACUACGCUCAAUGGAGAAUUAUAAAUUGCGUUACCUACAACGGUUUCUUAGGAGAAAAGUAGGGCUUGAUGUGAAAACUUGCAUUAGUGAAUUGGAGAAAUUUAAGGAUGAGGCACUAAAGUGUUAUGAUGAUAUAGAGGAUAUUUAUAGUGAAAACAAUACUGGUCAAUUUUUGAAAAUGUUGUUGGUUGAUGGUUGUUUUAUAGUUGAGUUUAUUCGAGAGCGCUGUGGAAGGAAGCCAACAGAAGAAGAUAUUAUUAUCCCCUACAGUUGCAUAGAUGGUCAAGUACAUCGAGAUUUGUUAUUAUUAGAAAACCAACUUCCUUUCUUUGUCCUCACUAAGCUUCACAACAUGACAAUGGAUCCAAUCAGGGCGGAUUUAGGGGGGCGGAAGCUAUCAUUCAUAAAAUUGGUGAAAGAGACCUUUAAUUCUUCCUUCUUGAAGAUGAGUCCUGCAUCCAUUCUUGAGAUUGAAAGUGAUGCCAAAAACAUUAAACAUUUACUUCAACUAGUACAUAUGUCAUGUCACCCUUUGGAGAAGAAAACUAGUCUUACUCUUGAAAGCCCUGGUUUGGAAAUGGAACAUUGCAGGAAAAGCUUAUGUUGGAAUCCUUUAGAAAUGGUUAGAUUGAAAAAUAUGCCAAAUGAUAAGGACCACCAAACAUGGGAUGCUAACAUGCCGAAUGCAACAGAGCUUCGCGAAGCUGGAGUUACAUUUUCAAAAAUUGGAAAAAUCUAUAGAAGAUUGGAGGAAGAUCACGACCUUGGAGAUAACACAAGUUUAUUUGACAUUAAAUUUGAGAAUGGAGUGAUGACAAUUCCUUGUUUUGAAGUCUUUGACUGUACAGAGACGAUCCUGAGAAAUCUUAUAGCAUACGAACAACAAUCAUCUGAUGUACAUCCUAGAUAUUUCAGUGAUUUUUCCAUUUUUAUGGAUUAUCUUAUCGACUCGGACAAAGAUGUGAGUUUGCUUCGCCAGAAAGGAAUCAUCAAGAACGAGAUAGGAGAGGACAAAAGAGUGGCUAGCCUUUUUAACAAAAUUGGGGAAGGGGUUGCCAUUUCUUAUGACUUCUAUUACAAACAAGAAUACUUGAUGUUAGUUCAACAUUGUGAAAAACCAUGGAACCGAAUGAAGGCAAGUUUGAGGCACAAUUAUUUUAACAGUCCUUGGGCGGGAGCUUCAACUGUGGGAGCCGUCAUACUCCUCAUACUCACAGCUAUACAGACCGUUCUAGCUUUCACAGGUGGUGUUAAGUAGUUUGAAUGUCUCCAUUGUAGAGUUUCCUCACAACUCCAAACAUGCAAUUUACUGCAUCAAAGCUUGUGCAUUAAUGGCCUGAGAACUAUAAUAAAAUGAAAGUCUUUUCUUUUC